AUGGCGGCCGGGUUCUUACUCCAGUUCGCGUCCGCCCCCGCCGUGGUUGCACCCCGGCGGCACCCCGCCGUGGUUGGCCGCGCGUCGACGAUCGGCGGCACGCCGGCUGUCACCGACCGCACUGCCGUCGGCACGCUCUCCCUCCCCUCCCUCGGCAUCGGCACCAUCGCGUGGAACGGCAAGACGGAGGAGGACAAGGCUCGCAUCGCCGGCGUCGCUGCGGCGGCUCAGGCACGCGGCCUCGACUUCUUCGACACGGCGGAGCGGUACGGCGCAUCGCCACUCUCCCUCAUCCCCGCCGCACUCGCCGGGCUCGGGCUGCCCGUGGACAAGUCCUACCUCGGCGGCGACUGUGAGUCCAACCUCGCGGAGUGGGGACGCGGCGCGACGGUGGCGACCAAGUUCACGCCGACGCCGUGGCGGCGCCAGGCGUCGGAUGUCGUCGACGCGGCGCGCGGCUCGUGCGAGCGGCUCGGCGUGGACUCGAUCGACCUCUACCAGCUCCACAUGCCAGAUAUCAUCCAGCCGUUCCGCGCGUUCGGCGUCGUCGACCGCAAGGACGAGAUCUACUGGGACGGCCUCGCCGAGGCGUACAAGAGCGGGCUCGUCAGGAAUGUCGGCGUCUCCAACUACGGCGGCGCGCUGCUCGAGCGCGCGCAGGAGCACCUGGCGCGGCAAGGGGUGCCGCUCGUCUCGAACCAGAUCGCCUUCAACCUGCUUUGCCGGCGCGAGGGCUCUCUCGCGACGCUGGAGAAGGGCAACGAGCUCGGCGUGCGCACGCUCGCCUACUACCCGCUUGCGAUGGGCCUCCUCACCGGCAAGCUGGCCGCGCGCAACUUGCGCCAGGCCGUCCUCGAGAAGCGCGUCUCGCCGCAGCGCGCGGCGGACCUCUGCCGCUACCUCGAGGGCGGCAGCGGCGGCACCGCCGGCGACAUCCCGCGGAACGGCGUGCUGCCGCUGCUCGAGGCGGUGUCGGACGUGGCGGCGGCGCGGAGCAAGACGCCCGCGCAGGUGGCGCUCAACUGGGUCAUGUGCAAGGGGGCCAUCCCGGUGGGAGGCGCGUCGAGCGUCUCGCAGGUUGAGGACAACCUCGGCGCGCUCGGCUGGAGGCUCGAGCCGAGCGAGGUGGGCCAGCUAGACGCGGCGGCGGACGACCUGCCCUUCGACUUCAAGGGCGCCGGCUUCCAGACGACGGACUCAAAGUUCGUGGGCUACGGCUUCGAGCGUUGGGUCCUCAACUAG